AUGGCUCACAUUUCGGAACCGCUGGCGCCUGCGGCUGAACAGCCUCUAUUCGCCAUUGAUGAGAAUACGGAGAUAAUUUGGCUCGAAAAUAUGCCCGAACCCCCUAAACUCGAGGAGGAUCACCAUGACGCAAUGUUAGCGCAACUUCAAGCACCAACCUUGCCGUUCUCAGCGUCAUCAACAAACUCAACAAACCGGACAGCAGUUGCACAAUUGUCGCCGCCAUCAUCUACAAAGAAGCAACAACUUGAACACACUGUUGAGAGCUCAGAACUUGUUGGCCAUGAUCUUGAAUUGCCUCUCAAGCCGAGAGAUGAAGCUUUGGAAUGGUCAAUGGUAUUCAAGUACCCAUUUUGGUUGGAGGUGCCAAACUCAGAUGCGGAUGAAGAAUGA